AUGACAGCCGGUCCACCGUCUGCCUGUCAGCGAGCACGCGGUGCUGCUAAGUGGCCGCGGAUCACGCGCUGCCCCCAGGCCCCGUUGCGCGCUGAGUGGCAGAAGAGCCAGGGCUACACGUGUGAGGGCGACGGGGGUGCUGAUUCACCUGGCACCGGCGAUGCCAAUGCCCGUGUCGACGGUCGCGGACGACGGCUCUGGCUGCUGGCCGCCCGCCACGCGCGUCCCCAGCGUCGCAGACGGGCAGCUGAGGCCUGCUGCGAGAAGCGUAGAGUACGAGUACGCAGAGAAAAUAAUAAUUCUGGCCGCAGCGACGCGGGUGCCGCCGUCUGGCAUCCCACGCUGGCGGCUUGGGGCUACGGCCGGCUGCUGCUGGUCACCCAACUCAAUCGGCAAGCCCGCUCCCCGGCCUGGCUACGUCAUAGCCAACCCUGCGUUUCCUGUCAGCGCUCGCCCAGAGUCACCACUCCCGGCGCUGGCUCGCUGGCCCGGGCAGAUCCUGCCGCCGCGCCUCCAGACGCAGCGAAACUCCCAUCUCGCCAUCGCCAUCUCCCUCACCACCGCGCUCGUGCCGUGAUUCCUGUCCUUUGUGACGCUGCCACGCCCUCUCGCGUGCUCUCGCCCUCGCUCCCCUUACGCCAGCCUGGCUCGUCGCCCGCCAUGCUGCCGUCCCCGUCGACCGUUCCCCAUUCGCACACGCCUCAUCCCUCCGGGCUGGACCUGAAUCCUGCGACUCACCACCCGCCUGAUUUUUCUCCUGCUCGUCCUGUCCCGGCUCCCGAACCCAAUGGUGCUCCGUCCCAGGGUCCUGGCAUUGACCUCGAGCCACGUGAGCCUCCCCAGGACCUGGAGCCCGCGUUAGAGUUUGCACAAAACUCGGAAAGCGGUGCGCGAACCUUGGACGAAUUGCGGAGGCGAAUGGACGAGAAGCUCCUAUAUCAACAGGCCCAACAACAACAACGCAGCCCGUCAAACCAUUCCCAGCAUGCUGAGGCCAUGUCGCCGGGGGAGACAACCCCGAGAAAGACCGUCCGCUCUCGACCUUCCUCCCCCUCGGUGGUGCCCGGAGCCGUCCGCUCUGCUCCCUAUGCCGACUCCAACGGAUCCUGCAGCCCCAGCUCUGCGACCAAGACCCCCGAUCAGCAUGUUCCCCAGACUCCUUCCUAUCCGUUUCCAAUCAUGCCGCCGCGAAGCACUCCCGAGAAGACGAAUGAUGCUCGACCAUCCCUAGAAACGCGCGCUUCUACCCUGAAAUCUCCGGCUGCUGACAAGGUCAACACACGGCCCUCCAAGGCCCCCGGAACGAUUGACAUGCGUUCUCGUGCGUCAGAGAUCACGUCUGUCCCCCACAAUAUCUGCUUGCCUCCCGGUGCAGCUCCCAUCGCAGAUGACCCGCAAUAUCCGAGUCCGAACUUGUACGAUGUGAUCUUGAAAUUGAAUUCCGAUCCGGGCCUGGACGCCUGGUGGGCCAACGUGGUUGAAAUCCUACGGACCCAUUACGGCGCAGAACGGGCAUCCCUGGCCGUUCCCGGAGAUUCGACCGACCUGGAGAACGUCCCGUGGGGUCAGAAGGCAACCUUCAACCCGCACCAAGCCGACGAACAGUCUAAUAAUGUCACGUCCUCAGGAACCCAGAACGCACUCAAAGAAGACGGAUCGCCAGAUGAUUUAGCCAAGAGGGAGGACAUAGGUGGUGCAUCACGAGGCAAGGGCACGAAAUUCUCAUCCCCCACACGACCGUCGCUGCUGUCGCGUCAUUCCUUUGCAGGCUUUGGAAAGGACAAGAAGACCCCCGGCGUCCGCGAAUUUGACAGACCUCUCUAUCACACACGCAACAAGAGUCUAUCGGAGAUGAGGCACCGAGUUCCGUCUAAUGAGAAGCCGGUCAAUAUUUGUAGUAGCUUUGAGUCUGCAACGUCUGGCAAUGCCUCCCAGGGCCAGGAACACGAUAGCCCUGCGACGUCUGCCCCGCCCCAGCCGGGUUCCGCUUCCCAAAACUCUCCGCUGACAGUCUUCACCAUUCCUAGAGAACUGGAGAUGGAAGCGGACCCGUUGAUAAAGCGCACUGGCAUCGUCAAGCUUUUCGGGCGUACAAAGCCUGUGGUGCUAACAAGAGAAUAUGCAUAUGACCCAUCUUCCUCUCAACCGUCGAAUGCCUCAGCCGUCCACACGCCAGACGACAAAGAGCAGACCACCCCGGCCACCGAGUCCCCAAGAGCCGCCGCCGCCGCUGAAAAUCCCAGCAAGGAGGGAUCGCAACCGUCCGUUCUGUCGACACCUCCCGCUCGCCCGAAACCGACUUUCAGUCCCCGUAUCUCUCUCCAGACGAAGAAGGAUCAUUCGUCCGGCCCCCUCGAGCUUUACGAAGAGUACGAACAAACGCCUCCGUCGCCUUGGUCACAGUCCCCCGCUCCCUCUCCUGCCCCGCGGACACAUCCUGAGAAGAACCCGUUCUUCACCAACCAUGCGGUCGAUGAACAAGCGUUUGCGAAGGACCCACCGUCUCAUGACUAUUCCAAAGUGCAACCUCUUGCCGCCAUUGGUGUGGAUCGAUCAAAGUCGGUGGUCCAUAUUCCGCUGUUGCAUGCAACUUCAUUCAAGCACGCCUCUUCAGACACCUUCCGGUUUCCCGUGGCCGUCAUCUCCUUCCUGUCGCCAAUCAUCCCGUAUCCCGCAAACCUCCGAUGUUCCCUCAUGUAUCUUAUCCCUCACCUGACGACCUCAUUCUCCUUAGCCCAGCAAUAUAGUCAUCUCGAAAAACAGCUCGCGGCGGGAUUCGAUAAACCGCGCUUCGGCCAUCUCCUCGGUCUGGGUGGGACAUUUUCGGAUCCGAGCAGCGAACUGGAACUGGUUGCAGGACUCAGUGGACACGUCAUGACGGAAGACGGCCCCAUAUCCGCUCGUGCCAGCAUUUCCAGUCCCGACGACGCGUCCAAGUUCAGCCCUUCCUUUUCGGUGGCGGGAACGCCGGGCCUGGAAGGAAGUAACGUUGCGCCCCCGGCCAACGACCCCAGCGCCAUGGGUGUCCGACAGAGCACUGAACUAGUCGAUGACUACUUCAACCUGCAGCAAAGUCGGAGCUCUGGUGGCCAGGCGGCUCAGAAUAAAGGCCGCGGCUCUAAAGCGAAGCAAAGCGUUCUUUUAUCGACGCCGGCAUCUCCUGGUACGGCCAGGGCGAAAUCCGGUCGCGACGAUGAACCGGUCAGCAAAGAUUCCGGCGUUGUCGAGCCUUCCUCCCACCCCCAGGAUGGUAGGCCUAUCCCAGCGUCUAUGCCGACGCGAACAUCCUCCCGCAAUACCUCGAGCACCUCCGUUUUUGCGCAACUCCACCGCGAGUUUUCACGACCAUUCUCCGAUACAAUCACCCAGCUGAUGCUGAAUUCGGUUCCCCUGCACCUGUUCUUGGCCAAACCUCGGACCGGAGAAGUGAUUUGGACCAAUUCCAAGUUCGAUGCUUACCGGAGAAGUCAACCCCAAGAGCAGCGAGUAAGGGAUCCAUGGCAAAAUAUACACCCGAGCGAGCUGGAAUCGGUCUCCAGACAGUGGGCCAAGGCCCUGCAGACGGGAACACAGUUUACGGAGCGGGUUCGGGUCAAACGGUUCAACGAUGACGAUGCAUAUCGGUGGUUCAUUUUCCGUGCGAACCCUCUUCUGUCCCCCACGGGAGAACUCCUUUACUGGAUCGGCUCUUUUCUCGACGUCCACGAGCAGCAUGUCGCCGAGAUGAAAGCGGCACAAGAGCGUGAGAUGUUCGCUACGGAUGCCAAGUACCGCGCGCUUGCGAAUUCCAUACCGCAGGUGGUGUUCGAGGCGGGUGAAACGAGCGGUCUGAUCUCCGCAAAUGAACAGUGGCAUUUGUAUACCGGCCAAACCAUCGAAGAAGCCAUGAAUUUCGGUUUCAUCAAGCAUAUACACAAGGAUGACUUGGAAAAGUGCGGCGCGCUGUUCACGGAGAACGCCGAGCAAGCGGAUCCAUCUGGCUCUGGUAUUGAAGGUAUCAAGGGUAGCACGAUAUUCUCCCAAGGGGUCACUCCCGCGCUCAAGAAGCUUGUUGAGCAGGGAGUCGUUGCUGCCCAAGAGGACGAGAACGGUCGCGUAUUCUACACAACGGAGAUCCGCCUGCGGUCCAAGGGGGGUGACUACCGAUGGCACCUCGUCCGGCUGGUGAAAGUUGAGACGAGCAGUUUUGGUAAUGGCGAGGCCUCAUGGUACGGGACGUGCACCGACAUCAACGACCGGAAAAACUUGGAGCGCGAAUUGAACAAGGCGAUGCAGAAACUGAAUAGGGAAAUGGAAUCCAAGACCAAGUUUUUCAGCAACAUGUCUCACGAGAUCAGAACGCCGCUGAAUGGGAUUCUUGGCACCAUUCCGUUCAUCCUCGACACGCAACUUGAUAGCGACCAACGGCGCAUGCUUGACACCAUCCAGAACAGUUCUACCAACCUUCGCGAGCUGGUCGACAAUAUCCUUGAUGUCUCCCGUGUCGAGGCAGGCAAGAUGAGUUUAGUCAACUCAUGGUUCCAUGUCCGGUCUGUGCUCGAGGAUGUGAUAGACACCAUCGCUUCGAGAGCUAUCGAUAAAGGUCUCGAGAUGAAUUACCUCAUGGAUGUCGACGUUCCUGCCAUGGUGAUUGGUGAUCGGUUUCGAAUCCGGCAAGUGCUUAUCAACCUCAUGGGGAAUGCAGUCAAGUUCACCUCCCAGGGGGAGAUCUAUACUCGGUGUUCGAUCCAUCAUGAUCCGUCUGUUCCUCUGAAGCCCACCGAGAUCUUGUUAAACUUUGAGGUCGUGGAUACUGGCAAAGGCUUCAGCAGCGCUGAUGCCGAACGACUGAUGCAACGAUUCAGCCAAAUCGGAGGAAGCGGCUCACAGCAGCAUGCUGGAAGUGGAUUGGGAUUGUUUCUGUCCAAGCAGCUCGUCGAGAUGCAUGGCGGGAAACUGACACCAAGCAGCCGAGAGGGUCAAGGAGCAAAGUUCUCUUUCUAUGUCAAAGUGGAUGCACCUUCUUAUCCGGUCCCCCAGGAUCCCUCGUUAACCCGUAAAUCCUCGGAUGUCUCCGAAGCCCCGACAGCCACGUCCCAGAACAGUGUUCAGCCUCUCGCGUCGAAGGAUUCAUCGACCCUCCAGGAUCAGUCGCCCUCUCAUGACCUCUCUCCUUUGGCCGAAGAUUCGAGCAGCUCAGACCCUUCCGGCUCCAAUCCCACUCCCGACCGUGCAACUGAUCCUGCAGCGCAGCAUGAUCCUUCCGCGAAAGACAGCCACCCUCCGGUGGAGUCGUCGUCCAGUCAAGAUCUUUCAAGCCAGACGACGUCUGCGAGUGGUGUCACCACCGUACCUCCGUCGGUGCAGUCCACGCCCACGGUGGAGAAGACUCAGGCAUCCAGUUCUCAUCCUCCGGUCACCUACUCGGUCCUUAUUCUCUGCCCACUUGACCAUGCUCGGGAAGCUAUCAAACAGCACAUUGAGCAAGUCAUACCCCAUGAGGUCCCGUCGACAGUGAUGUCACUUCCUGAUGUGGAGGAUUGGAAGGAUCUCGUGUACGCGGGUGACGCUCCGACACUGACCCAUCUCGUUCUCAAUCUGCCUGGCGCGGAUGAUGUCAUGGAAGUGAUGCAACAUAUUCAGGAGUCAGAUGCCGAGUCCAAACCCGCUUUGGUGAUUAUCUCCGAUCUCUAUCAGAAGCGGCGGAUCAAUUCGAAGAUCGAGGAAUUAGUCGCGGAGGGCAUCAGAGUAGAUACCGUACCAAAGCCAGUCAAACCGUCUGCCUUCUCUGACAUCUUCGAUCCCGACCGUCGGCGUGAUCUAAGUAAAGACCGCAACCAGGACAUGGCUCGAGAGGUCAACAACAACUUCAAGACAAUGUCCAAAAUGGUCAAGGAAGUCAUUGGGAAUAAGGGCCAUCGAAUCCUGCUCGUCGAGGACGAUGAGACUAAUCGCAUGGUGUUUUCAGAGACUGCCAGCAAUGGUCAAGAGUGCCUUGAGAUGGUCUUUUCGAAAGAGCCUGGCUACUACUCGCUGAUCAUUUGUGAUAUCCAGAUGCCCGUGAAGAAUGGGUACGAUACUUGUCGCGAGAUCAGGGCUUGGGAGGCAAAGAACCACUUCCCGCAAAUUCCCAUUAUGGCAUUAUCCGCCAAUGCCAUGACUGAUCAGAUCGACGACGCGGCACGAGCGGGCUUCAACGACUAUGUCACAAAGCCGAUCAAGCACAACGAACUCGGAAAGAUGAUGAUGGGGUUGCUGGAUCCCAAUCUGCCUCAAGUAUUGCUUCGAGACCGCAGAGAUUCGAAAAAGGAGAAACAAAAGAGCUCCUAG